UCCAUCGGGCAUUCCACCGAGUGGCACGCUUCGAACGGGACGACAGAAGACGUUCGUCGGUUCGUACGGUCAGUCGUACUCUGGCGCCCGUACCGAGUGGUCGGAAGUUCGAGUGAAAGAGAGUUCUGCGGAGCAACGAACGCGGUAGACUUACACCCUGCGUUCACUUACUGCGUUCUCUCAUUCGAGAUAGAUCAUCACCCGCUUUAUAAAUUCUACGACUUCGUCCGGCCAGUCGUUUGGAUUACCAGUCUGGCCAGGCGUUCAGUGAUCAACGCCGAUCGGUUACAUUGGAUUACCAGUGCAGUGUAACGAAACGGCAAAUUGUGCGAACGAUUUGCCGUCUUACUUCCAUUUAAAAAACCUGUGAUACGAGAAUUGAUCGAACACGAUGGUGACCGGAGUGGGUGCCACGAUGCCGACUGGCGGUGUCACCGUCGGUGCGACUCCGCCGGCGCAACACGUGCCCCAGGAGGCUGGACAACCCCCAGCGCAAACCACCGCCACAACCACCACCACGAGAAGAUCUGGAGAAAAUCGACGGAGCAAUAAACCGAUUAUGGAAAAACGGCGACGAGCCCGCAUCAACAACUGCUUGAAUGACCUGAAGACCCUCAUACUAGAUGCCAUGAAAAAAGACCCAGCGAGGCAUUCGAAGCUCGAGAAGGCGGAUAUUCUGGAGAUGACGGUGAAACAUCUGGAGACCCUCCAGCGUCAACAGGUUGCCCUAGCCGCAGCGACCGAUCCGAACGUGUUGAACAAAUUCCGCGCCGGUUUCACGGAAUGUGCCAGUGAGGUUGGCAGGUUUCCCGGGCUGGACGCCUCGGUGAAGAGACGUUUGAUGGCCCACUUGGCCUCCUGCCUUGGACCGGUCGAGAGCAGCAACAACAACACGCAGACGACAAAUCAGCAGCCCGUUCAACCGGCGCCACCGACCGCACAGCUGCAAGUGCACAUUCUGCCUCAAGUGGAUGCCACGCCGAGGAUCCAGGUUCAACAAUCGAACGGGAUCUUCUUCACGAACGCAAACGGCACGGGACUUCAAUUGGUCCCGACCAGAUUACCGAACGGAGACAUCGCUUUGGUACUUCCAGCCGGUGCGAAAGCGACACCGAUUAUGUCGCCGGCUACAUCCCCAGCUCCUUCCUCGCCUAUGCCGACGCUCAUCCCGAUUCCUCAGAGAACGGCCAGCACUGCGUCAGCGUCCUCGUCCUCAUCCUCCGCGAGCUCAACGUCCACAUCGGCUGCGAGCCCGGUGGCCUUCGAAGCACCACCAGCGUCUUUCCGCGAGCAAUCGUCCGGCUUCAGCACUGGAAAUAGCCACAGAGACGUCGCCACCUCGCCAGCUAACGGAUAUACCAGUGAUCCGGAAUUCGACCCACGUGUGUACAGUCCUCCUCUUCAGAAACCUCUUGCUCUCGUUAUGAGAAAGAGCGUUGUACCGGAGAUCGAAGGCAAACCAUGGAGGCCGUGGUAAAAAAGAAAGAACGUUUACUUUGUGUCGAGAAGAAAGAAUUUUGACAGUCGCGGGUGAAAGAGACACGCAGUCUCGAGUGAUAAUUUGCCGCUUGCGGCGGAAGAAGACACGUGAUUUGUUAGUUCCGUUCGACAAAGAAUCCCGCAGUACGCGGAUCCAUUGUUCCUUGCGUAUCGCGUUUUAGAAGUCGUGCUUUUUUUGUUAGGGUGAAAGGUGUCCUGUCCGUUAGGAGAUCUUGUCUCCGAAAGGGAGUCGUGAGAGUUCGAUAUUUCCCGAGUGCGUGCAGUCGGCCAGUAGCCUAUGAGGCAGUGCCUUAUACAGUGCCUUGUAAAUAUUAUUCUAUUUUAUUGUUAAGCCGUAUUCGUCAGUAACCCUGAUUCGAAGAUGAACUAUCGUUCACGUUCACGAGAAACCUGUUUUCUCGUUACGUCUUUCCAUUUCAUCGUCAAUUCGUACCUUUAAUUUCCUUUCCGUUCGAUGUCUUAACGUUCUAUAUCAUACUUUGACUUUCGUUUUUCCUUUGUACAUAUCGUUAGACGAAUAUCGUAUUUUAAGUGCCUUACGCAACAAGAAUCACCGAGGUCUUCCAUUCUGUUUCUUGUACAUAAAAGAAAACGCCCCUGCGAGUGUUUUUUGUCGGGUAACGUGGUUGUAAGAGUACGAGGAACCUUUGUAAAACUAACCGCGAGACGCCUAGUUUGUAACGUAAUUAAGUCUGUAUGCGAGAUAAGAGUGAAUGGAGAAUGUCUGAGUACCCAAGCGUGUAUGAUCAAUGUAAUUUAUAUUUAUAUCGAGUGCAGAGAAAUGAAAUUUAUAAUUCCUCUCUACUGUGAGAAUAGAAAAGAUCGACGCUUAUCAAUGCAAGAGCAUCAAAUAAAUAUUGAUCUCUUUGUCAAAACUAAAA